GUAUUUUGCGCCCUUUCGUCAUACAUGUUUGUUCCCGAAAUUGUACCAGUGGCUCAUUCUCGGGAUGCAUAUUUCCUUAACUUGAUGUUGCGGUUUGGAUUGUACAAGAAAGAAUCAUGUCGGUAUAAUCGAUAAAAUUACAAAAUAGUCACCUUUCAAGGUUGAGAAUUUCUCAUCAGUGAAUGACCGAUCAUAAACCUGACAAUAUGGCGGUGCAACUCUCACGCAAGGGAGUGGUUCUACCCGCUAGUCGUUCUUAUUCAUACAUGCGUCGCAAAAUCAGACAAGGAAUACAACAUGCUAAACCUCACAAUGUCGGUGCUACGCCUCUCAAGUGCUCACCAUCUAAUACUCAUCGAGUCAUGAUUCUAUCCAUUAUUUUCAUUGGGUUAUUUUGCCAGUCAACGUCAUUCGAACUUCACACUGAGAGAUCAGUGAAUGUAGUGCGUGGCAGAAAUGCGUCACUGAUCUGCAGUUUCACAGAUUCUGCUCAUGCCGUCUACUGGUACAAGCACAACUCCACCGGAGCUCCUGAUGAUGACGCCGAACUUGUUGCCAGGGAAUACCUGGGAAUGUCUGAUCCUGUGCCAGGGAUAGAGAGGUUCAGAAUCACGGAAGACUACACACUUCUGAUAAGUGAGGUCUCCAUUGCGGACGAGACCACCUAUUCUUGUGUCGUUGUUCCUCAGACGGGGGAAACGACACGGGGCUACACAGACCUGAGAAUCAUAGUUUUGGCAGACUCCAUUGGACCAAGAAUUUACCCUUGUAACACCUUUAUACCGGGAGAAUGUACAUACAAUGUUCCUACCGAUCCUCCUGAAGAAGUGCUGUUCGCUUGUGAAGUUUCCGAUGUACGUCCUUUAGUAAACAUGGCAUGGGUGAGGAGUGACGACAGAGUGAUGGAACAAGCUUUGGGUCCACUAAUUGUUGAGAAGGACGGACUGUACGAUGUUGCGUCAAUUCUUAAGAUUCCCAAGUCCGGGUUUGACUAUUACUAUUCAUGUCAAGCUACAGGGGACGCAGUGAACAAUGUAUCAUCAACGAAAGUUACGUUCGAAGCGUUAACAGGUAUUUAUCUCAACCCAGACAAAAUACACGAGAGGCGAGUAAAUGCAUUUUCCGUGGAGUUUAAUAAAAAUUGUUUCUGAAAAGCAUCUUCCAAAUGAUGUAUACCAAAAUGUAAAAUGAUGUGUUGUCAAAUAAAGCCAACAUAAUAUAAUGCAACAAUCAAAACAUAAUAAUAUAAACGUAAAGCCUCCUGAGAUGUGUCAUAUGCGAAAAAUUAAAGUUAUUAAACCAAUCUCCUCAAUUGACAAUUAAAACAGUCCAUCCACAUUCAUGACAAAGACACCAGUUUGUCAUGUUGGCCAAAUGUGGGCAACGUAAAAUUCCAUCUGCAAAGCUACGAAGCAAAGAUUCCCGUUUGCAACACGAGCUUAUGCAGGAAAACUUUUAAAACAGAAACUAGUGCUCAGAAGCCCCACCAACGGCCCUGAACUAGAAUGUGAACGAGGCAACGUUAAUGUUCGGUCCGAAAUGGAAUUCGCUGGUGGCCUCAUCCAAAUCGGGUGACGAACCAAGCCCCGUUCACAUUAUAACAUGAGGAGUGGAAUAUACGAAAUUGGUCUAAAUAAAUGAAAAAUAUUAUCUCAGGAAGCCCAAAAUAAGUGAAGAAUCAUAAUGUGAUAGGAAAAGGCCGAGCUCCAGCAAGGGCGAAAACACCCCCCUGAACACCUGAUGAUAAAUUAACUAAACUGGUAAACCAAAGUAAAAUACAAAAAGGUAUCCAAAAUUAGGUGAACAGGUUGGAUGGAAUUACCUUGCGGCCCACUUUGGGUGUGCGACCAGGCUUAAGGCCCGAAGCUCACAUUCAGGUUAGAAUGAAUAACAUGAAACAAAACAUCUUGACGUUGAAAAUUAGUGGGGGUGACAAGGGGAUGGAGGAGGGAAAAAUACAGGAAGUAUGUUGCACAAGACAGGUGAAUUGAGAUGGAAGAUGCUUUCAAAUCGACUCCACGAAGAAGAAUGCUAACUUGUUAGAAAUUGGCUUUUGCCCCCUCCCGAAAUUACCACGUCAGCUAACGCGACGUAGCAUUUUUAGCCACGCCUCCUUGUAAUGUCCGAAAAAUACCAAAAUUCGCAACGCAACAUUUUUUGGCCACGCCUCCUCGUGAAGUCCGACAAAAUACCAUAUUUGGCAUCGCAACAUAUCUCCGCCAGGGCAAAGGAAUUCGCCUGACCAGACCCCUUCCUUGUAAAACACCUGUUACGUACCGCUGGCGGGCUAUGUUGUUGUCCAGCUAGUCUGACCUGAGAUAACCUCUCAUUAACUCGCUUCGCGCGUUAAGAGGUAUUAUCUCAACCCAGACAAAAUACACGAGAGGCGAGUAAAUGCAUUUUCCGUGGAGUUUAAUAAAAAUUGUUUCUGAAAAGCAUCUUCCAAAUGAUGUAUACCAAAAUGUAAAAUGAUGUGUUGUCAAAUAAAGCCAACAUAAUAUAAUGCAACAAUCAAAACAUAAUAAUAUAAACGUAAAGCCUCCUGAGAUGUGUCAUAUGCGAAAAAUUAAAGUUAUUAAACCAAUCUCCUCAAUUGACAAUUAAAACAGUCCAUCCACAUUCAUGACAAAGACACCAGUUUGUCAUGUUGGCCAAAUGUGGGCAACGUAAAAUUCCAUCUGCAAAGCUACGAAGCAAAGAUUCCCGUUUGCAACACGAGCUUAUGCAGGAAAACUUUUAAAACAGAAACUAGUGCUCAGAAGCCCCACCAACGGCCCUGAACUAGAAUGUGAACGAGGCAACGUUAAUGUUCGGUCCGAAAUGGAAUUCGCUGGUGGCCUCAUCCAAAUCGGGUGACGAACCAAGCCCCGUUCACAUUAUAACAUGAGGAGUGGAAUAUACGAAAUUGGUCUAAAUAAAUGAAAAAUAUUAUCUCAGGAAGCCCAAAAUAAGUGAAGAAUCAUAAUGUGUUGUGGCAAAAAAUGGAAUGCCGCCAAACGGGAUGACUCAUCGUCAGCCCGCCGCCACAACACAAUAUGAUGCCAAUAGUUCAAACCAUGCUGUAUUUACAAUGUCCACGCUAAGAAGCUGGGAAAAGGGGGGGGUGCAUUAAACGAACAGGGACGCACAAUUAAACCAUCUAGGAGGAUUCAUGCUCAUUCAGUCCACUUGCGAAGAGUCUAGUGCCCUAAGAUAAAGGAGAGGCGGGGGGGGGGGGGGCUUAGUAACUAAAUAGUGAAGUUUGUAGUAAGGACGUGAGAUCUGAUGAUACCACGUGUGAGUUCUGGAUAAGGUAUUCGGGUCAUAA